CUAACUUUAUGUGGUUAAAUCUAUGAUGCUCGGGCAAUAUUUUGCCGCAGCCUCGUCUCCACUAGAAGUCAAAGUCAAAGUCAAAGUUUCUAAAUUCUUGACAAAUGCACAAAAAUAAUUAAGAACAUCGAAACAUUUUAUGUAUUUGAAAAGUCAAAUUAUUUGGAUAUAUUGGAUCAUUUGAAAAAGAUGGCGUCGCCAAAUACUGAAGAAUCACCUCUUUCCGGGGAACAGCCACCUGCACUCUGCAAGAGAUGUAAUGAACUUCAAGCGACACUCCAAAUUCGAUCAGAAUCAGUUUGCCAGUUCGUCAUACAUUUCAGCAUCUGUACAUAGUUAUACUAAUAAAAGUCUUCCACCAGGAAUUGCUUCUCACAAUAUAUUAAAACAAAGGCAGUCAAGCGCAUGGAAACCUACAAAGGCAGACGAUCCACAAAAGUUCCACAGAAAUUAUUAUUACCACUUUCCUUUGGACCUUCGUCAUCAUGCUUGCUGCAUAUGCUAGAUGGCUACCUCGGAGUUCAACACGAGCGGAUGAACCGAGUUUCCUAUGAACUAUUCGUUGUACAUAUCGACCUAUAUCUGGAUGAUGCAGACAGAGAAGCCUCUGCUGCUCUAUUACAAAAAUACAAGGACCAAUAUCCCAGACAUUCUUAUUCAAGUUAUGGACUUCACGAAGCUUUACAGCUAGAAGGUAUUGAUUGGCAGUCUUUAGGAAUAUCCGAUCUGCCUACUCAGAAUACCAAAGCCUCAAGUCUGGAUCUGCAAAAGAUCGUUUCCUCAUUGUCAUCUGCAACUUCUAGGGCCGAUAUUGUAUCUACGCUGUUAAACAGACUCCUAGUGGAUGUCGCCAAAAGAAACGAUUGCGAAAGCAUAUUAUUUGGUGAUAGUACUACACGACUAGCAGAAAAGACGCUUACCGAAAUAGCGAAGGGGCGUGGAUUCUCAUUACCAUGGCAAGUCUCCGAUGGACCAUCACCAUACGGAAUAGGCUUCCUUUAUCCCUUACGAGAUAUCCUUAAGAAAGAGAUUAUGAUAUUUUCCGCUUCAUUCUCACCUCUACCGGAGUUAGUGGUGUAUCAAGCGCCUCCCUCCCAUAUAUCUGCUUCUUCAAAAUCGACAACGAUUGAUGAUUUAAUGGCACAAUAUUUCGAAUCUGUUGAGGAAAACUUUCCCAGUAUAGUCGCCAAUGUUGUUAGGACAUCAAGCAAAUUGAAACCUACUACUGAUCACAUAUCGAAAGGCUGUGGAAUUUGCGGGCUUCCUGUCGCAGAGGGCACUGACGGCAUCUAUGGUUGGGGCGGAGAUCAGAAUUCAGAUUCACGGACAUCAAGAGAAGACAUUGGUUCAAAUACUGUUCUAUGCUAUGGAUGCUCAAGAUCUAUCAACGGAUGAAAAUGCCCGACCAUAAUCUACCAUGAUUUUAAUAACAACCCGAAAUCCUAUAUUCGAACACCGAUUAUUUUCUCCGGUCGCCCUCGAGGGACAUGCAUUAUACAAGCUUAAUAAGGAUAUACAAGGUGGCGUGUUGGUGCCUGGGAAAAGCUUGGGGCAUAAGCCACGUAUUCUAUACUUGCUCCUUUAUCGAAGCAGGAAGGACUCGGUUCUCGAAUUUCCGCAUCAGCUUGUUGGUUUGUUCCGCCAAGCUAAGGGUCAAGAUGGUAUGGGGUAAUAUUCUUGCCAAAUGGGGCAGAAACCCUUUGUAAAUGGCGAAGAUUCCCUCUGUCUCCACAGUCUUCGCCAGACAAUCAAAAAUACCCGAGUACAGAUUGCCGGUCUGAUUGUACAUUCGAGACAUGAUAGUGUCUAAGAGAAAUUAGAAUCGAGGAGUAGAUUUACCAAUCAAAAUCUGCUUACCUGGUGGGUGCAUAACACAGCAAA